UACCCGAUGCAUCGCUGAAGAAGAUUUUUACUCUGGACUCUCUGAAGACUCUGGCUCUUCCCAAUGUGAACCCAGCUGAGACCGUGUCCAACAUGUCUCGCCGCAAGCAGGGCAAACCCCAGCACUUAAGCAAACGGGAGUUUUCGCCCGAGCCCGUGACGGCAGAUAUCCCAGAGGACGGGGAAAGCCAUCCCGGAUCGGAACCAUCCACCCCUAAAGGGGAUCAGGACCUCCUCACUUGUGGUCAGUGCCGCUCCAGGUUUCCUUUGGCUGACAUCCUGGUGUUCAUCGAGCACAAACGCAGGCAGUGUCAAGGCCGCCUAUGCAUGGGCAAAGAUUCAGACCUGCCACCGUCGCCUCCACCCGCAGGCCUGCGGCGAGCCUGCGUCCCAGUGGAGGUGGCAGUUCAAGUUUCGCCCCAUGGAGAGGAGCAUUUAGCCUCCACGCCGCAUGGAUUACGGCCCAAGCAGGAGAAUUUAACAGAAAAAGAUGAGCCCAGUAGCUACACUUGCACAACUUGUAAGCAGCCCUUCAGCACGGCUUGGUUCCUGCUACAGCAUGCCCAGAAUACCCAUGGUUUCCGAAUAUACCUGGAGAGCGAACCUGGAAGCCCGUUAACUCCUCGGGUGGCCUCCGCUCCAGGCAUGGGUGGUGACUGUGCCUCGCAGCCACUGCUACAUGCAGCCCACCUGGCAGACAGUAGUCCCUAUAGCCUGAUGAGGAUAGCCAACAGCGAUGGGUCCUCGGUUCCUAGAGAAGGCCGAUAUCCCAGGACACCUCCGCUUUUUAGUCCCCCACCACGGCAUCACAUGAGCCCAGACGAUCUGGCUUUGGCCCCCCACCACCCAAGCGCCUUUGACAGGGUAAUGCGUCUUAAUUCGGUACCCUUGGAUUCCCCAUCUAUGGACUUCUCGAGACGACUACGGGAACUAGCAGGCAACUCUGCUGGGUCCUCUCCGCCCAUGUCACCCAACAGGCCUAGCCCUAUGCAACGGCUACUGCAGCCAUUCCAACCAGGGGUGUCUCAUUCUCCUUCUGGAUCUCGCUCAGCACCUACUCAACAAACUCCAUCUGUGCCAGCUGUGAAGGCAAAGUCUUGCGAGUUUUGUGGAAAGUCCUUUAAAUUCCAGAGCAACUUAAUCGUCCACAGGCGUAGUCAUACCGGAGAGAAACCUUACAAGUGCCACCUCUGUAACCACGCCUGCACUCAGGCCAGCAAGUUGAAGCGCCACAUGAAGACUCAUCGGCACAAAUCCUCCUCUACUACCUCCAAAUCAGAUGAUGGCCUUUCAACUGCCAGUUCACCUGAGCCAGGCACAAGUGAUUUGCUAAGCAGUGCCACCAAUGCUCUGAAAUCUGUGGUGGCAAAGUUUAAAAGUGAAAACAACGGCAUCAUCCCGGAAAAUGGACAGGAGGAAGAUGAAGAAGAUGACGAGGAGGAGGAGGAUGAUGAAGAGGAGGAAGGGGAGGAAGAGGAGGAGGAAGAAGAAGAAGAGGAGGAGGAGGAGGAAGAGAAUGAGAGUGAGGUCGGCGAGAGGAAUGAUAUAAACUUUAGCCUGAGCCUAGAAGGUGCACGUCACCAUGAGAACAAUAGACAGCGACACAACAAAUGUGUCGAGGGAAUUCAGGAUUAUCGAGAUGCCCAAAAACUUUACAAACGAGGGGACCACAGAUCAGCUAGUGUGACAGGUGGGGACGAAUCCCCACAAGAGCCUGAUCAAGUCAACAAGGGAUACCUACCCAUUGUAAAUGGAACAGCCUCCUACCCAAACGAUGACCUUUCAAGGAAAGUUCUUGUCGGAAGUCCAGAAUCCGACAGCCCUCUCUCCAAACGCAUCAAGGUGGAAAAGGACCUUGAUCUUCCAACUCCUACAAUCCCCAACUCAGAAAAUGUCUACUCACAGUGGCUGGCUGGAUACGCAGCGUCACGCCAGCUCAAGGAUCCUAUUCUCAACUUUGGGGACUCAAGACAAUCACCUUUCGCCACGUCUUCAGAGCACUCCUCGGAGAAUGGAAGUCUCAGGUUCUCCACUCCCCCUGGGGAGCUAGAUGGAGGGACAGCCUCUGGGCGCAGUGGCACGGGAAGUAGGGCCAGUACACCCCACCUUUCCACUGGUCGACCCAGCUCCAAGGAUAGUCGACGUAGUGACACUUGUGAGUUUUGUGGCAAGGUCUUCAAAAACUGCAGCAACUUGACAGUGCAUCGGCGCAGCCACACUGGUGAGAGGCCGUACAAGUGUGAGCUUUGUAGCUACGCCUGUGCUCAGAGCAGCAAGCUAACACGGCACAUGAAGACGCAUGGACAGACAGGCAAGGACGUUUACAAAUGUGAGAUAUGCCACAUGCCUUUUAGCGUCUACAGCACUCUGGAGAAACACAUGAAAAAAUGGCACAACGAUCGGCCAUUAAGCAUUGAAAUUAAAAUGGAGUAAACUUUAUGAUGUCGCAGUCCUAGGAAAAAAAAAUAUUUAAAGCACAGCGUC